AGCAAACAAAUAUACCGGCCGGUACUAAAGAUCGAUUUGCCAGUCAAUAAUAUAUAUGUAAUAGAAAGUAUAAAUCGGAUAGAUAAUUUCUGAACGGAACAACCGGAUCACUGUUUACUGGACAUGCUGGAAGUAAAGCCGGGGUCGAGAAGCUUAUCAAUGAUAAAUGGAGCUGAGUGAGAGUAAAUCUAGAAAGUAUAAAUCGGAUAGAUAAUUCCUGAAGGAAACUGCAAUGGCCAAACCAGAGGCAGAAGAUCCUACUUGGUGCGAAGAGAAGAAAGGCGUUGAUAGCGAUCGUCUUUGCUCUAGUAAUGAGGAAUCGUCUAAGAGUUGUACUCAAAGACAGACAGAAGAACGCAUUUGGACUAGAAUAUGUAAGGUUGUGAUCCAACGGAGGGGAAUCUUCUGGGCGCUGUCACACGCAAUCCUGACUGGGUUUCUUGGUUUGACCAUCAAGCUCCUAUCAGGCAAGGUAUCUCCCAAUCAGAUUGUACUCUACCGCUCGUUCACACUCGUACUCUUCACGGCACCAAAUCUCUUAAGGCAGCGAGUGUCGUUCUCCUUGCCUCUGAAAGCUUGGGGUAUCGUAAUUGCCAGGGGAAUGGUGGGUACGGUAACGGGCAUAAGCUUUAACUCCGCUGUCCAACGACUUGAUAUAUCAACCGCUAAAUGCAUCAGACAGGGCUCGACCCUUAUCACUUUUAUCUUGGCAUGCGUCUGUUUAAAGGAGAAUUGUUCCAUUACAAUAACUUUGUCUUGUUGCUUCAGUGUGGUUGGUGUAUUCCUCGUUGUUCAACCUCCAAAAAUCUUUGGGGGUCUUCUGGAGAGCAGCAAUGGUAACUCGCCUCUCGGAUUAAUUGCUGCAUUUUCCGCUUCGAUGGGCGUUGCUCUUAUAUACCUCUUACUCCGCUUACUUGCUCCCUACAAGAUAAAUGCGCAACAAAUUAAUUUUACAUACGGCUGCAUCGGUUUCUUGGGAUGUGCUUUACUGGAGACCGUCCUCAACGACUGGUCCAUCCCCAGCUGUGGAUAUGAACGUCAGAUACUCUUAGCUACCUGCAUCAUUGGCUACUUUCAGCUCACAACCCUCACUCUUGCACUCCAGACGGAAAGUGCUGCAGUUGUGGCCGUCGUUGCGACAACAGCAGUUUUUGCCACCUUUGUCAUGGAUUACGCCUUCUAUGAUGUUAUCCCAAAUGCUUUCAAGGUGAUUGGUGCUCUGUGUGUAAUGGGUAGUUCCAUUGGUGCAACCAUGUCGUCGUACUAUGCAGCCAAGAGAAGACUUUCUGAAAGUACAAGAGGAUUUUGAGUUUGGGUGAAUCUGCCACCACUUUAAUACCCACAGUUUGUUAGCCGGCGACCAUAUUCAACCCAAGAUAUAUUUACUGAUGCACCCUGACGCACAAUUCGCUACAAUCUCUGCCCCAUCUAUUAUCGUUUGCUGCUGUAAACUAUAUAACUUGUUAUCAAAUGCUGGGAGCAGCUAGUGGGAUACGAACUGCAUACAGGAAUCUAAAGACAUAUCAGAUGUAAAAUCACAGUAUGUUUAUAAAAAAAAUCCUCCGUCAUACCAGUACACCAACUGAAGUAAAGGUUCUACUUGCAUUAAGAACUGAUAUUUCAAUUCAUCAAAAAUGUGCGACUAAAAGGAAGAAAUGUAUUUACACUGACAUUCACGAUUUUCUUAGGUCCAUCAUGGGAGAAUGGCACAUAACUAGAUUAGAGUGCACAAAUUUUUUGUAACGGUAUAUG